AUGUUCAAGCCACUGCUAAAUCUGAAAGGUUCCUCACGUCGCCGUCAAGUUGCUAUGGCAAGAGCUGAAGCAAGGCAACCAAUCUUCAAUCCUUACACGCCGUGCACGUGCGAUCUGGCUAUCUCCUAUGGCGGGACUACUUUGUCUCCGGAAAUGCUCCGCACCGUACGCUCCAAGACAAGUAAGAGGCGUAAAAGCCCCGACAGGCCAACAUCAUACCUGGGUCUCAGGGGAAAGAAGAGGGAGGAGUCCAAGGCAGACACACGGAGGGAGAAUGCUUGGCGCCAGCGAAAGGAGGCGCGAAGAUUUCGAGACUUGGAGGCAAGGGCAGGAGCCAUGAAAGCUGUCAACCCGGCCCGCAACCCGUUCGCACAAUGCUGCUGCUGUGACAUGCUCAGCGACUCCGAAGACGAAGCUGUCCGUGAAGAAGCGAGGGCCAUGUGCCACACUCGUUUUGACGGAUCAACAACCUUCCACCUCCCGAACUGCCUUACAGGCCGAUCCAAUUACACCGGUCCCGCAAAUCCCACCCCAGCCAAUCCAAGUCUACACCCUACGUCGACCUUGAAGAAGAAAAAGAGGAGACAAUAUACUCGGCGCCAGCCCAAGCCGGCGAAAAGGCACCGUGAGAUCCCGGAGCCCAACGCAACUCUGGAAGCUCUGAAGGCUGUCUUCAACCCCUACGUCGAAUGCUCCUGCGACCUCCACGAUACCGAGGAGUGUCCUUUCAGACCGCUUAGCCUUGUGGUACCCGAUGAUGGAACAACGUCGAAUCAUCUAGGAACUUGUGCCAAGAUGGUCAUCGUGCCGCAACCGUCCCACAAAAUGCAUGCCAGCCCAGCGAAGCGAAAGCCUACAUCGAUAUCGAAGGAGAGGAAGAAGAAGAAGGAAAGAAGGAAAAGAGGCACCGAUGUCGCUACUGGCGAAACAAUACAAUUCGAGGACUACGGCCUCAGACUAUCUACGAGCCAUUGGCGAGCAUAUGGACCUGAAGAGGAAGAGUCGCGAUUUGGAGAGAUUGGGCCAAUUGGUACAAUCCUAGCUGGUGCAACGAGGACAGGGAAAAAGGACGCGGAUCAUACAAGGGGUCGAAAGCGUUCAUUUUGGUCGCAGCGCUGCCCAUAUGUUGCAGCAAUAUUGGGUGUAACGCGAAUGAUUAUGAGGCAGACUCGAUGCGCUGGAAUUGGGGCGUGUGUGGAGGAACCUGGUAUACAAGCAACCAUAUGUUUAACAUUCCAGUCCAUGAGACUUGAAUAUACCUCGUUGCUUGAAGUGAUGGCGCGCCUAGGGAUCAUAAGCGAUUCAAGCAGCGCCGGAUAG